AUGGAAUCUUUGACAGACCUUCCAGCAACUGGGAUGUUGACCCCUCGCCGUCCCUCCAAGCCUCCGACUCCCGAUGUGACGCCCCCUCGAACGAACGCAAAUAAGCGCCCUAGCUUGAACCAGUUUGUGCAGUUCUCUUCAUCGUCUCGAGCCGAUUCAUUCCAAACGGCAUAUGAGAAUAUCUCUUCGGAAGAAGAUAUGGAUACACCGGUCCGCGUGUCUCAGACACCAACGCAGACACCCAGACAAAGGAAGGAGCCAUCAAAGCCACCCGUCUCAAAUGCAUACCUUUCACAAUUCGCAAAUACAAAAUCGUCAUCGUCUUCUGCAUCGCAACAACACAGCGAAACCGAGUACGACACAGGAUUUGAGUCGUUUGAUGGGGAUUGGGCCGCAAACCCCAUGGACGGGUCGCCAACGGUGUUAGCUGGAAAACGAAAGUCUGUACGGGACCACACCAAAGAGGAUUAUCAAUCAGCUGCGCAUAGAACUUCACUGGAUGUCAAGCGUCUCGAUGACUCUUUGAGGCGGGAAAAAUCUCUGCGGGACCGAGUCACUGGUGCGCAUAAAGUCAAGGAAAGUCCAUCGAUGGAGCACUUCCGGGAGAAUAUUGGGUGGCCAUCAUCGGAGAGUCCAGCCAAAACCAACGACCCCGAGGCUCGUCCUUUAUCGGUCAUCUCUUCGACGUCCACCAUUGAGGCUAUGAUAAUUGAGUCCCCGAAACGCGCGCAGCGAAUGCUUCGGCAUACCGAAAAGCGAAGCUCUCUGCGGUCUGUCAGCUCUCCCAUCACAAGAUCGGAGCGAACCUCUAAUGGAUCCAUUCCUGAAUCACAACACCGUUUGGUUCACAAGGUUGCUCGCAUCUCUGGUCAGGACCAUCGCAGCGUAUCGUCGGAGAUGUCAUUCUCAACCAAAACCAGCAGCAGUGCCAUACAACCAAAUAUUGAAACCAUCAACGUCGUGGUCAUACCCGAGAGAAACUCGUCUCUGAGGUCAGGUCCCAACAGUCAUGCUUCCUCCAAACCCGGUUCCCAGCGAUCGAGCCGUCGUCCUCCGACAGUAUCAUCUGGCCGUACAGACACUCUGCAGCACAAGAAACGCACCGUAUCAGAUUCGCACUCGUCAAAAUCUCGCGAUGCAGAUUCCAGAAGUCGUUCCAUGCAGCGACCGGUCGUUCCACCCCGAAGCUCCUCUCUUUCUGCACCGACUAGUAGGAAUAAUUCUCGCACAAGUUCUCUUACUUCAAACAGUCUGCGAAGUCGACCCAAAGAGCGGCCCGUUAUCCCAGCCCGAAGCUCAUCGCUUUCUGCGCCAACCAGUCGCAACAACUCUCGUGCAACUUCCUUAACCUCUGACAGCCUGCGAAGCCAUACCCUGGCCAUGGAUCUCGAAAUGCAAAAGCGCCGCGAGAAUCAGCCGAUAUCUCCACCUCGCCAUAAUGUUCUAGCUUCGGUAGAGCGCCAAAGUCUACUGCAAGUGCCCAAAUUGCCUGGCCUGUUUGACAGCUCGGAGGAUAUGGCAAUGCUGCAACCUCCCUCUUUGCCUUUCACUCAGGGCUCCAUUCCAUCGUCUUCCCCGGGCCCUAUUGAAAUCCAAGAAGCCACAGCCGUCAGCUUGUUUGCACAUAAUAACCACUCGCUGCUGCUUGUCGAUCCACGAGUACAGGCCUCAAGACGCCCUCUCCAGGCUCUUGGAAUUCCCGACGACUUUGUACAUCCCUGCACAUUUGACAAUGUCCCACAAAGACCCAUCUACACUGUCGAUUCUCCAUUAAAGAAUCCUCGCCCUCCACCGAAACCCCCUACGGCCCCCCCUACCAACGCCAACGAUGAAAGCAAAGGUCUCGGCCGUCGAUGGAGCUCAGUUCGCCGCAGUCUGAGCGCUCGGCCACGGUCGGAAUCCUUCAAUGCCCUGUCACGCUCAUUUUCCAUGAAAACUGCAAAGAAUCGAACAGCAGGAAAAGAAAUAGACAGCCGACUCCAUCCUUUCUGGCGCCCUCGCGGUUUUUGGGACGACGUCCCCAGCUCCCCGGAGAAACAACUAUCGCCAACGCGCCAGCAUUCCUCAGGCCUCAACGACUCUCUGGUAGUCAACAAUACCCUAGGCCUACCCCAACGCCGUGUAAUAUUCGACGGCCCACCGGCUCUCUCGCGCCGCAGCCCAGAAAUGAAACGUAUCUUCGACGGCAUGGCCAGCAACGGCAGCUUAAUCGACCAAGGCAUGUUCCGAACUGGCUCUCCACUCCACCCAGCACGAUUCCAGUCUCUGUCCCGCUGGGGCCUGCGCCUCCAGUCGAUCUCCUGGCGUAACAUGCGCCACCGUCUACGACGUAUGCGCCAGCGGCGCGAUGAGCGGAAGCGCGCUGUUCGUCGCGAAACCCUCAAGCAGAGUAUCGGUGGCCCUGUUUAUGUAGCUUCCAGCGCCACGGCCGGGGUGGCUGCGCGAUGA